GUUUUGGGAAACACGAAGCGGGAAACGCGAAAAGGGUUUCUGUUUUUCUGGAAUUUGUGAGGGUUUUACCGUAAUUUGGUAUCUUUCUGUGCACCCGAGAAUGCCGAAAGUAGUGUCCCGCAGUAUCGUCUGUUCGGAUACGAAGGACAAGGAAGAGUACAUUAAUGAAACCCUCAAUAUAUACUAUUGUUUGUGCGGCCAGAUGUCCCUGAUUCUGGAUUGUACGCUGGAAAAGUUGCCGCUGCGGCAACUCGACGGAGCACGGGUCAUCGAUAGUGCCCGGCACGCUAACAAAGUGAAUGCCGAUGCGAGCGAAACCGUUUUCAUCCAGCGUGAGGCAGGCAUCGAGAAACAGCAUCGGCUCAAGUGCAAAAAGUGUGGCCUGCCCCUGUACUACCGGCACUCGAAUGAUCCGCAGGUCACGUUCGUCAUCCGGCGGGCGUUGGUCAAAUGCAAGAGCGAAGCGCGGAUAUCCGAGUUCAUCAAGACGCCCAGCACCAGCCUGAAUCCAUCGGAACCAAAGAAGGUGAUGGUCACGAAGCACACGAAAAAUAUGGGCAAAUUUAGCUCGGUCACCGUGUCGACGAUCGACGAGGAGGAGGACGAAAUCGAGGCACGCGAGGUCGCGGACAGCUACGCCAACAAUGCACGCAUUAUCGAGAAACAGCUCGAGCGCAAGGGCGGCAAAACGAAUGAAGAUGUUCUGAAGGAAAAAAUCGAACCCCCGCCACCGAAGAAAACAAGAGGAACACUGAUCGAUACCUAAACGGACAGAAGGUCCUAAUAAAAGUAAUGAAUAAGUAAUGUAGACUCAACUCAACUUUAGGCAUAUAUUACGAACGCGUAAAA